AAAACCUAGGAAUGAAAACGUUCAUGGUAGACAACCUAAGAAAAAUUAUCAAAAUGUUUUUGUGCAUAAAAAUAUUUUUUCUCAAAAUAGAAGAGACAAUAUGAGAACACCUAGAAAUGAUCCUUUUGAAAACAUGCAUAAACCAUCCUUUUCUCAAAAUAGGACAAACAUGAAUGAGUCAGGACUCGACUCACGGUCAGGCAAACCCUCACGCGGAGCCUGAGCACGUUAGUGUGCAUACGGUGCACAUUGAAGCAUCCAGUUACGUGCCCCAGCAGCCGCAGCCUCAGCCGGAACCUCAGCCAGUUCUAGAGCAGUUCGCGGGUCAGAACCCGAAUUUAGCCAUUCCGAUGUUCCAACCACAAAUGGUUGCGAACAUGUUCCAGUUCUUCCAGCAGAUGGCAAGAGCGCACGUACCACCACCACCUCCUCCUUCUGCACCCAUUGUCUCGAUUGAAAAACUCAAGAGGAAUGGGGCGCAGGAAUUCUGUGGCGACCAGAUAGCGGACCCUCAAAUAGCCAAGCGUUGUCAAGAACGCACGGUGAGGGUACUGGAGAAUUUGAAGGUACCUGUCGAGGAUUGGGGACAGCAUGCCAUAUCCCUAUUGCAAGAUGCCGCCUAUGAUUGGUGGAAGCGAGUAGGCGCCAACAUUCCCGUGCCAGUAUCAUGGACUACCUUCGAGCCACUCUUCAAAGCCGAGUAUGUGCCCGAUCAUUACGUCGAGGCCAAAUAUGAGGAAUUCUCCAAUUUCACUCAGGGGAAGUUGACUCUCCCCGAGUACCGUCAGCAAUUUGACGGAUUGGCCGAGUUUGGUAAAGACUUGGUCAACACCAUGGAGAAGCGCUGCAAGAAGUUCAUCAAGGGUAUGAGACCAGACCCGUCGUCAACACUCAUAAUUGCUCCUCGAGCCGACAUCAACGAUGUCUAUAAGAAAGCUCUUGAGCUGAACGAGGAGCUCAUCAGGAAAGCUGCGUAUGAGCAGGCACUUCUGGAAGAAAGUCGGACCGUCCAAUCGGGCCCGAAGAUGGGACAUGGUAGAAAAAGGACCUUCUCCGCACCGAGCAACUCUCGCCAUGACAAGCGAGCGAAAUCUACUCCCUCUGCAUCUGUGGCUGUCACUAGUAAGAACGGGAAAGAGAAAGUGGCAUACCGUAGACCUGGAUGCCCACACUGUGGUCGCAGGCAUGCUGGGGAGUGUUGGCUCACACAGGGUCUUUGCCUCGGGUGCGGUCAGUCAGUAGUUGUGUCGAACCCACUGGGACACAGUCUACGUUAUCAACAUGGUUAUAAUCAAUGUCCCUUGAUGGCUCAAGGAAAGAUAUUCUUAGCCAAUCUCAUUGAACUCCCUCACAAGGAGUUUGACGUUAUACUUGGCAUGGACUGGUUGACAAAACACCAGGCUAUUGUUGAGUGCCAGGAACGAGUGGUGAAACUUCGAACAGACGAUGGUAACGAAGUAAUCAUUUGGGGAGAACUUCUCCCUAAAGCUCCAGAAUUCAUCUCUUAUAUGCAAGCAAAACGGCUCAUUCGCAGGAAAUACGAAGCAUUCUUGUGCACUGUUAAGGAUAUACGGAAGGAAACACUUAACCAUAAGGACAUAUAUGUGGUUUGUGACUUUCCUGAUGUAUUUUCUAAGGAACUUCCAGGUCUACCUCCUUCAAGGGAUGUAGAAUUCUCUAUUGAUCUUGUACCUGCGAAUGUGGUGGCCGAUGCUCUUAGUCGUAAGACUCUUGCUGAACUCCUCAUACGACCUACGUUGGAUCAAGAUAUCAUUUCAGCACAACAUCAGGAUACCUUUUGUCUCGAGACACGUGAGCUUGUUUCCAAGGGAGAGAAACAAGACUUCUCUGUUCGAGAUAAUGGCACAUUAUAAUAUCGAGAUCGUUUGGUAGUACCAUCAGGUGAUGUGAGAGAUCGCUUAUUGCGUGAAGCUCACGGAACCGUGUAUACCAUGCAUCCCGGAAGUAACAAAAUGUUUCAAGAUCUGAAGAAACACUAUUGGUGGUC